AUGAACAGAUACGAUCGCGCCAUCACUAUUUUCUCGCCGGACGGCCAUUUGUUCCAGGUGGAAUACGCACAGGAGGCCGUCAAAAAGGGAUCCACCGCGGUAAGCGGAUAAUUGAAACAAAUUGUUGAAAUUCAAGCGUUUUGCAAUUGAAAAACGGGGAUUCUAUAGUCGAAAACAGUUUGAAUGCGUGAAAUUUGUAAAUUUUCGAGGUUUUGCGAAGAUUCUGCUAUUUUUCGCUGGAUCCACAAGAAUUAUAGUUUUUCAGUGCUCGAGCUGAAUUUUAAUGUGAAAAAGGGCAGAACCUUCGUGUUGGCCCGACUUGUCUGCUUUUUUCGGAAAAAAGUGGAAAUUUUGCCCCUUUCUAGGUCGGAGUGCGCGGAAAGGACUGCAUCGUGAUUGGCGUGGAGAAGAAGUCGAUUCCGGCCCUCCAGGAUGACCGUACGAUCCGUAAGAUUCACAUGAUCGACGACCACGUGAUGCUCGCCUUCGCGGGGCUCUCCGCCGACGCGCGCGUCCUCGUCGACCGUGCUCGCAUCGAGUGCCAAUCGUACAAACUGACCCUUGAGGACCCGGUCACCGUCGCCUACAUCUCCAGAUACAUUGCCAACACGAAGCAGGUAAAAAUCGUGUAAUUUUCAAAAUAAAACAUCCCGUUUUAGCGCUUCACGCAGUCGCCGGGACGUCGUCCGUUCGGAAUCUCGAUGCUCAUCGGCGGCUUCGACCACGACGGCACUCCGCGUCUGUUCAAGACGGAGCCGUCGGGCGCCUACUACGAGUACGUGGCGAACUCGACGGGAAGAGGCGAGAAGCCGGUGCGCGAGUACCUCGAGGAGCACUACAGCCCGGAGAACACGGCCGACGAGGCGACCACACUCAAAUUGGUCGUCAAAUCGCUGGCGCAGGUCGUGCCACCCGGAUCCCAGAAUAUCGAGAUUGCCGUCAUGAAGAGAGUCAAUGUGAGUGCAGUUUUCCACAAUUCUCGACCAAACCAUCAUAUUUUCUUUUAGGACGAAAUCCAACAACGUGUGCUGUCGACCGACGAAAUCGAGGCUCUUCUGAAGGUUGUGGAGGCGGAGCGGGCCGCCGCGGAGGCCGAAGAAGCCGCCGGAAAGAAGAAGUGA